GAAGCCAUGGUCCCAACCGCUGUCUGCUGCGUUCCAGUCCGUCCAGGCCCUUCCAGGAGGAAGAGGCACGUUACAAGAGAGGAGGGGCAGGGGUCCCAGCACUGAAUACCCUGGCAGGGGUUUUGACAGCUGCCACAGUCCCUGAGCUCCUGCCUGGCGCCCGAACCCGGUCCCCGCCAUGGGGCCCCCUUCCACCUCAGGCUUCUAUGUGAGCCGCGCGGUGGCCCUGCUGCUGGCUGGGCUGGUAGCCGCCCUCCUGCUGGCGCUGGCCGUACUCGCCGCCUUGUACGGCCACUGCGCGCGCGUCCCACCUUCGGGGCUGCCUGGACUCGGGGGUUCGGAAGCCGAGUCCUCCCCUCCCCUCAGGCAGAAGCCGACGCGGACCCCGAAACCCGGCAGUGCACGCGAGCUGGCGGUGACGACCACCCCAAGCGACUGGCGCCCCCCGGGGCCCUGGGACCAGCUACGCCUGCCGCCCUGGCUCGUGCCGCUGCACUACGACCUGGAGCUGUGGCCGCGGCUGAGGCCAGACCACCUUCCGGCCGGGUCUUUGCUCUUCACUGGCCGCGUGAACAUCACGGUGCGCUGCACGGGGGCCACCUCUCGCCUGCUGCUGCAUAGCCUGUUCCAGGACUGCGAGCGCGCCGAGGUGCGGGGCCCCCUGUCCCCGGGCACUGGGAACGCCACAGUGGGCCGCGUGCCCGUGGACGACGUGUGGUUCGCGGUGGACACGGAAUACAUGGUGCUGGAGCUCAGUGAGCCCCUGAAACCUGGUAGCAGCUACGAGCUGCAGCUCAGCUUCUCCGGCCUGGUGUAUGAAGACUUCAAGGAGGGACUCUUCCUCAACGUCUACACAGACCAGGGCGAGCGCAGGGCCCUGUUAGCAUCCCAGCUGGAACCAACAUUUGCCAGGUAUGUUUUCCCUUGUUUUGAUGAGCCAGCUCUGAAGGCAACUUUUAAUAUUACAAUUAUUCAUCAUCCAAGUUAUGUGGCCCUUUCCAACAUGCCAAAGCUAGGUCAGUCUGUAAAAGAAGAUGUGAAUGGAAGCAAAUGGACUGUUACUACCUUUUCCACUACGCCCCACAUGCCAACUUACUUAGUUGCGUUUGUUAUAUGUGACUAUGACCAUGUCAACAGAACAGAAAGGGGCAAGGAGAUACGUAUCUGGGCCCGGAAAGAUGCCAUUGCAAAUGGAAGUGCAGACUUUGCUUUGAACAUCACAGGUCCCACCUUCUCUUUUCUGGAGGAUUUGUUUAAUAUCAGUUACUCUCUUCCAAAAGCAGAUAUAAUUGCCUUGCCUAGUUUUGACAGCCAUGCAAUGGAAAACUGGGGACUAAUGAUAUUUGAUGAAUCAGUAUUGUUGUUGGAACCAAAAGAUCAACUGACAGAAAAAAAGAUUCUGAUCUCCUACAUUGUCUCCCACGAGAUUGGACACCAGUGGUUUGGAAACUUGGUUACCAUGAAUUGGUGGAACAACAUCUGGCUCAAGGAAGGUUUUGCAUCUUAUUUUGAGUUUGAAGUAAUUAACUACUUUAAUCCUAAACUCCCAAGAAAUGAGGUCUUUUUUUCCAACAUUUUACAUAAUGUCCUCAGAGAAGAUCACGCCCUGGUGACUAGAGCUGUGGCCUUGAAGGUGGAACAUUUCAAAACAAGUGAAAUAGAGGAACUCUAUGACUUAUUUACUUACAGCAAGGGAGCGUCUAUGGCCCGGAUGCUUUCUGGUUUCUUGAAUGAGCAUUUAUUUGUCAGUGCACUCAAGUCAUAUUUGAAGACGUUUUCCUACUCAAAUGCUGAGCAAGAUGAUCUGUGGAGGCAUUUUCAAAUGGCCAUAGAUGACCAGAGUACAGUUAUUUUGCCAGCAACAAUAAAAAAAAUAAUGGACAGUUGGACACACCAGAGUGGUUUUCCAGUGAUCACUUUAAAUGUGUCUACUGGCAUCAUGAAACAGGAGCCAUUUUAUCUUGAAAAGGUUAAAAAUCGGACUCUUCUAACCAGCAAUGACACAUGGAUUGUCCCUAUUCUUUGGAUAAAAAAUGGAACUACGCAAUCUUUAGUUUGGCUAGAUCAAAGAAGCAAAGUAUUCCCUGAAAUGCAAGUUUCAGAUUCUGACCAUGACUGGGUGAUUUUGAAUUUGAAUAUGACUGGAUAUUACAGAGUUAAUUAUGAUAAAUUAGGUUGGAAGAAACUAAAUCAACAACUUGAAAAGGAUCCUAAGGCUCUUCCUGUUAUUCACAGGCUGCAGUUGAUUGAUGAUGCCUUUUCCUUGUCUAAAAACAAUUAUAUUGAGAUUGAAACAGCACUUGAGUUAACCAAGUACCUUGCUGAAGAAGAUGAAAUUAUAGUAUGGCAUACAGUCUUGGUAAACUUGGUAACCAGGGAUCUCGUUUCUGAUGUGAACAACUAUGAUAUAUACCCAUUAUUAAAGAAGUACCUAUUAAAGAGACUUAAUUUAAUAUGGAAUAUUUAUUCAACUAUAAUUCGUGAAAAUGUGUUGGCAUUACAAGAUGACUACUUAGCUCUAAUAUCACUGGAAAAACUUUUUGGAACUGCGUGUUGGUUGGGCCUUGAAGACUGCCUUCAGCUGUCAAAAGAACUCUUCACAAAAUGGGUGGACCAUCCAGAAAAUGAAAUACCUUAUCCAAUUAAAGAUGUGGUUUUAUGUUAUGGCAUUGCCUUGGGAAGUGAUAAAGAGUGGGACAUCUUGUUAAAUACUUACACUAAUACAACAAAGGAAGAAGAAAAGAUUCAACUUGCUUAUGCAAUGAGCUGCAGCAAAGACCCAUGGAUACUUAACAGAUUUAUGGAGUAUGCCAUCAGCACAUCUCCAUUCACUUCUAAUGAAACAAAUGUAAUUGAGAUUGUGGCAGCAUCUGAAGUUGGCCGGUAUGUCGCAAAAGACUUCUUAGUCAACAACUGGCAAGCUGUGAGUAAAAGGUAUGGCACACAAUCAUUGAUCAAUCUAAUAUAUGCAAUAGGGAGAGCCAUAACUACAGAUUUACAGAUUGUAGAGCUGCAGCAGUUUUUCAGUAACAUGUUGGAGGAACACUCGAGGAUCAGCGUUCAUGCCAAAUUACAGACAAUAAAGAAUGAAAAUCUGAAAAACAAGAAGCAAAGUGCCAGGAUGGCUGCGUGGCUAAGGAGAAACACAUAGCUUGUGGCUAUCUUUCAGCACUCCUCUUGCAUAUUAUAAUGUAGUUUGCUCACAGUUUUGUCUUCCAAUACUUUGUGAGUCUGGAAAACCAUACAUUUUGUUUGUAUUCCAGUCACAUUUAUUACUCAGAGUGCCUUUCUUCUCAUAUUGUCAUGUUUGGCCCUGAGGUUGGGUGAUUGCUGACAAUUUUGCCAAUGCUGCUGUAUUUCUGGGAAAGAUGUCACUUCACGUUGGGCUGUAAUCCCACAGAAUUUACUUUAAAUGUUGUGUAAAAACAAAUUAACCUAAG